UAAAAGGUCAAAACGUACAUUAACAAAACAAGUAAUUGGACACAAUUAGAGGUGCACAAGGAAGGACUAUAAAGCCUCUUACAUCUUAUCUUAAAUCCACUGUUCUGUUCAUGCAUCAUGAAAAUAAUUGUGCCAUUAUGCAUCAUCAGAGUGGGCGGUAGAUGGGUUGGCCAGUCUGAUCCAGACACUGUAUAAAUGAAAGGACAGUAAGGAGAGCAGAACAAACUUCUAACAGGAGGAGAUUCACUCCUACGAUGGCCUACGAGACAGAGGAUCAUGAGACUCAAUACUGCUUUCCUGCCAUCAACUCAUCAUGUAUCAAGGGAAAACGCUCCAGAUAUGAUUAUUAUAUAAUUUAUCUGUUCAUAUCAUUGCUGUCAGCAUGGACUGUGUUUUUGAACCUGCUGGUGAUCAUCUCCAUCUCUCACUUCAAGAAGCUUCACACUCCAACCAACCUGAUCAUUCUCUCUCUGGCUGUGGCCGACCUGUUUACUGGCCUUAUUGUGAUACCCAUAGAGGGCAUCAAGCAAAUUGAGAUGUGUUGGUACUUUGGAGACACUUAUUGUGGACUGUUUGCAAUUACUGUUAGGUUGCUUCUUUCUUCAUCUCUUAGUAAUUUAGUUUUAAUUGCUGUUGAUCGUUAUGUGGCUGUGUGUCACCCUUUACUGUACCCACAGAAAAUAACCAUGACUAAAACUUCAAUAAGCAUCUGUCUCUGCUGGUUUUGCUGUUCAGGUUACAAUGUUGGGUAUAUAAUUAGUAAUGGAUAUUUUAAUAUCUCACACAAAACGUGUUAUGGUCAGUGUAUUGUCAUGAAUAGUCUUGCUUGGAUAAUUACCGAUUUAUUCUUUUUAUUCCUAUUUCCUUGUGUAGUGAUCAUCUCUGUAUAUUUGAGGAUAUUUUAUGUUGUACAAUGGCAAGUGAAAGCUAUAAACUCUCUGAUGAAGGGUGGAAAAUUUGUAAAGGAAGGUUCAGUGAGGAGGAAAUCUGAGAGUAAAGCUGCUCUGACAUUAGGAAUCAUUGUGACAGUUUAUAUGCUUUGCUGGAUUCCAUUUUAUAUCUGUUCUCUUACAGAAACCACUGCAGUCUCUUCCACUACAAUGACAUUUCUAAUAUGGACUUUGUAUGUUAGCUGUGGUCUGAAUCCUCUUGUAUAUGCUUUAUUUUACCGCUGGUUUAAAAUAUCAGUUAAACACAUCUUAACUCUUAAAAUAUUUCAGCCAGCAUCCUCUCUGAUAGAAAUGUUUACAGAUUGUCAUUCAUGAUUGUGGUGGUGGGGGUUGAUUUAUUUAAUUUUUUUGCACUAAAAGCACAACAUCUGACUCCCAUCCAUGAAAAUGCAAAUACCGCUAUUGCUACACAUGUGAUAUGUUUUCAUGUGUUCAGGUACAAGAAUGAGACAUAAAUGGUGAAUGUAAAUGGUGA